CUGGGUCGUCAAGGGAGUGUGACACGAAAAACCAAGGAGACAUCUAUAUCUGCAACGCUGCGCAUGGACGGCAGUGAACUAGGUGUCCAUGUCAAUUGCGGCAUUAAGACGUUGGAUACUUUCCUGACUUUACUCGCCACCACUGCUUGCAUGAGUUUAGAUUUGACCUGUCACGGCGAUUUAUGGAUCGACGAACAUCACACUGCCGAGGACGUGGCAAUCGCCUUGGGACAAGUAUUGACGGACGCCCUUGGUACCAAGGCAGGUUUGAAUCGUAUGUGGUGUGCGUCAGCGGAACAGAAUCAAACGAAAAUUGAAGUUACCAUGGAUCUGUCAAAUCGACCAUGCUUUACGCAUAAUCUUGGUCUAGACAAUGGGGAAGAAAUGGUCGGUGAUCUGUCUUUGGAAAUGUUUGAACACAUCUUGGAUUCGAUCGUGGUGAAUGCCCGCAUGACGGUACACAUUCUGGAAGUAUAUGCCACAAACAAUUUGGAAGACACCGUUCAAGCUGUAGCAAUUGCUUUUGGCCAGGCUCUUAAGUAUUGUGCCAUGGUGGAUAGUCGACGUGCUGGCGCAACGGCCAGCAGUAAAGGCACUCUAUCGGUGUAG